UUCAUACCCUUAGCCCUUCUGAUGAGUGUUUAUACACAUUUAAUUCUUCUUUAUGUGUAUAUCAUCCGAGCUUUCUUCAAUUUCAGCAACGAUUAUAUUAUUCUCUCGAUUCAGCUAGCCACAACGAUGUAUAACCAUAUUGUAAUUUCUGAAUAUUAUCUGGUUGAUGAUGAAGACAUCAGUGAACAUUUAGAUUGAGAACAAUGGUAUCUGAAAAUUCCCAAAUGCUUAUGUAUCUGAGACUGUAUCUACCUUAAUACAAAAGUGACAGCUUGUUUGAAGAAAAAUAUAAGAAUCUUCGAAUUCAAAUUCAAGUGAAUACUCACAUUUGCCAGAUAUUUUUUCUGUAUUAUGAGCUUAUAAUGAUGCUUGUAAGAGUCCUGAUAACACACGAAAGAAGUUCAACUGAUAUUGAGAUUGCCACAGUACUUAGCUAUUUCUACAUUGUGGUAAGCUUGUUGAAAAACUGAAAAUUGAUGAGCUACAUCUCCUUAUGUGUCUUCUUGGCAGCCACAUGACCAUUAAUGAUGCUACUCUCAUUAUUCCUGAGUCUAAUGGGCUACUACGAUGAGGAACCUGGUCCAGCACUUAACCAAGUCAUGGCUGGAAUUGAAGAAAUUGUUGAACAAGAAAUGGUCGAACAAGAAAUUUCUGAGAGUGAAAGCCAUGAGGAACCACCCAACAAUAACGAAGAAGUAGUUCCUAAUAAUUUUAGUAACCUCAUUGAUGCCUUCAAUGCUAUGGCUGAACGAGUCAGGGUUGUUGAAAGAAUAGAAUAUGAAAGGUUGGUGAGACAGAUGAUCAAGGACUGGAAAAGGGCUUAUUCUGGACAAGAUCAGCCAUUUUCUCCUAACUGAUGCGUCUGAUUUGAUAAUUUUAAAGUAGGAGAGAAAAUAAUUGAGCUCCCUUGAGAUCCUAAGUCAAAUGGGCAUAUCUUCCAUAUUCUUUGAAUAAAUAAUUGGGCUCAACAACACAAAACCUGUCCAUUAUGUAGAACAGAUUUUAUCGAGAUACUUAAACAGCAAAAUAUUGAUAGAGUCAUGAAAAAUGAGGAUGACGAGGAAGAAGAGUCAAACUAUAGAAAUUCGAUAAACUCUAGUGUGAUAAUCAACCAAAUAAUGAGCAGAUCUAAUUUAAGGGAUACCCCAGCUAAUGAAGAAUCAAAGGCAUCAUCUCCAUCAAGGUCUUUAGAAGGUUCAGCAGAGAGUGCCUCAUCAGCUCCUCAGAUCAGAAAUAGACAAGAAUCUAGUGAUGCAGGUUCUCUGCUAGAAUUCUCACUCUCUGAGAAUAUAGAACAUCCUGAGGUAUUAUCCAGAGCAAACGCUCUAGAUCGCCAAAGUAACAGCGUAGAACACGGACCGAAUGUCCAACACCAAAGAAUCAGCACAAUAACAUCAGCCUCAAACCUCGCUAUCAUAUCCAGAGACAGCUAGCCCAUCCUCAAAUCCCAUUCCUCUCUCAAAAAUGUUCAAUUC